CUGCAGGUGAGCAGUGGAGCAGAGUGCCAACCUGCCCGUCUGUCUGACUCCUGAGCAACACCUCCUGCAAGCUGUUGUGCCUUAGCAGAUCCCUCUCAGAACUCACUGCCAAGAACCCUGAACAGGAUCCACCAUGCAGUGCUUCAGCUUCAUUAAGACUGUGACGAUCAUCUUCAAUAUGGUCAUCUUUCUCUGUGGUGCGGCCCUGUUGGCUGUGGGAAUCUGGGUAUCAGUUGACGGGUCAUCCUUCAUGAAGAUCUUUGGGCCAGUGUCGUCCAGUGCCAUGCAGUUCGUCAACGUGGGCUACUUCCUCAUCGCAGCUGGUGUUGUGCUCUUUGUUCUUGGUUUCCUGGGCUGCUACGGUGCUCUGUCUGAGAACAAGUGCGCGCUCAUGAUGUUCUUCUUCAUCCUCCUCCUCAUCUUUAUUGCUGAGGUUGCAGCUGCUGUGGUCGCUUUGGUGUAUACCACAUUGGCUGAGGAGUUCCUGAAGAUGCUGGCAGUGUCUACCAUCAAGAAAGACUAUGGCUCUCAGAAGGACUUCACUCAAGUGUGGAAUUCCACCAUGGAAGGGCUCAAGUGCUGUGGCUUCACGAACUACACAGAUUUUGUGGGUUCACCCUACUUCACAGAGCAUAACUCCUUCCCUUCAUUCUGUUGCAAGUACAAUACAACUCACUGUGACAUGAGCGAAGCUGAAGCCAGUAAUGUUGAGGGUUGCUUCAAACAGCUUCUGUAUAACAUCCGAGUCAACGCAGUCACUGUGGGUGGUGUGGCAGCUGGCAUUGGGGCCCUAGAGCUGGCUGCCAUGAUUGUAUCCUUGUACCUGUACUGCAAUCUGAAGUCUGCUUCUGCCUCUGCUACAUGAGAACUGGAAAGAAGCACCCUGGAUCAAGGAGCAGUGAUCACGGGGCGGGGGGUGGGGAUGGGGGUGCAACAGACUUGUCCUUGUUGCUCCAGUCUUGGAGCUGAGUAGGGUCCAACCCAUUUAGGCUGUGGCUGACCUUUCCUUCUAUUGCUGGGGUUGAGGCCCACCUGAUCUAGAGAUUCUAAUGAAGCCAGUUCUUCUGGCCAUCCUUCCAUCUGUUUCUUCAGCCCAUGACACCCCGCUAAGCCAAUGGGAGCUCUUGAUGAUCCCUGUAUUCUGCUGGAAAUGAAAGGCAAUUUAUAUGAUGAGCACAUUCAAAAUUGGAAGAGCCAUAAGGCAGAUGUAUAGAAAGCACUUCAAGUCUUAUAAACUAAUAAAAAAAAGUUUCUAUUUGAA